UUUUUUGAUAAAUUACCAAUUUGUACCGUCGUAUUUCUCGACAGUGCUCAGUUGAGGGCCAUUCAUUCACUAGCUCUACGGGCCCCCCAUUUGAGUGUGCUUAAAGAUGGCGGCUGUUAGCAGUGUUUUUCGUAAAGGAUUAUUUGAAGGAAAAGUAGCAAUUGUUACUGGAGGAGGAACCGGCAUAGGAAAAGCCAUAGUUUCUGAGCUUCUUAGCUUAGGAAGUAAAGUAGUUAUAGCGUCAAGAAAUGAAGAAAAGUUACAGAAAGCUGCACAAGAGUUAAUGAAGUCUAUGGAACCUGGCAACCCCUGCUCCGUGAAAGUCAUACCUUGCAACAUCAGAGACGAAGAACAGGUGACUAACUUGAUGAAAUCUACAAUUUCACACUAYGGCAAGAUUGAUUUCUUGGUCAAUAAUGGAGGUGGUCAGUUUCAUUCACCAGCUGCAGCAAUGUCAGCAAAAGGAUGGAGGGCUGUUAUCGACACUAAUUUAAAUGGGACGUUUUUAUGCUGCAAACAAGCAUAUAACUUGUGGAUGAAUGAUCAUGGUGGUGCAAUUGUGAACAUGUUGGUUGAYAAUUGGACAGGCUUCCCAAUGAUGGCGCAUUCAGGGGCAGCCCGAGCAGGCAUCCAUAAUUUAACAAUGACUUUAGCAAUGGAAUGGAUGCACAGUGGAGUUAGAAUUAAUAAUGUUGCUCCGGGAAUUAUCUAUUCUCCAACGGCUGCUGAAAAUUAUGAUAUAGACAUAUUUUCAAGAAUAAAAGAACGUCUACCUUAUAAAAGAUGUGGAACUCCUGAAGAGGUCUCAGGUGCUGUUUGUUUCCUGUUGUCCCCUGCAGCAUCAUAUAUCACAGGGGCAACUAUCAAGAUUGAUGGAGCAUCAAGCUUAGUAUACUACACUGAUGUAGAAGGUUAUCAGGCAGACUUUAAAAGUAAACUAUAGUUCAAGGCUGGUAAAUAUCAAUAUCAAUUAGGAAUCAAAAUAUCAAUAAUCUUUGAUUUUUACAUACAUACUCAGAAAAAUAUAUCUUUAAUCUUCAGAAAUCUGUACAUAGUCUUAGAAGACAUUUAAAAUAUAAUGAUCUGUUUAAUGAAAAAAUAAUAUUUUACACAUGUGAAUAGCAACAAUCUGAAUACACUGUUUUCUACUC